AUGCCUGCUCCCGAGGACCCCAAGAUGCCCUCCUCCUUCGAGGGCAAUGAAGAAUUCUACGAAACCUCAAGAACGACAAAACUUUUUCGCCGUAUAACGGAUGAACCACUUAUCCCCCUGGGCAUGGCCUUAACCUGCUGGGCUCUCUUCCGCGCCUCCCGUUCCAUCCGUGCCGGAAAUGAUAGGGACUAUACCAACAAGAUGUUCAGGCGCAGAAUUUACGCUCAGGGAUUUACGAUUGCGGCUAUGGUGGGCGGAAGCUAUUAUUAUGCGGACGAACAUCGUGCGCGUAAGAAUGUGGAGACUAAAGUGGCAGAGCAGAAGGCGAAGGAGAAGAAUAGAGCUUGGAUUAAAGAGUUAGAGGCUAGAGAGGGGGAGAGGUUGGAGUUGGAGAGGAUUGCAAGGGAGGAAGCGAAGAAGUGA